AUGGCUUUUAAAGCUAUCAACGAUACAGCUAGCCUCGGAGGUAUUAUCCUUACAUUACUCGUAUACGGCGUAUACCUACGCCUUUUUAAGACAGAUUCUUUAGCAAUGUUUAUAAUAAAAAGACGAAAAGCCUUUCGAGCUGCAACUAAAGAGAUUCGUCGACUACAAGCUAAAAGAAAAGUCAAAGACGCUUUAGUAAUGCGAAAUAGACCAAAUACCUUAGAAACCCUCAACCUCCUUUUGCAAUUAAACGUCAAAGUCUAUAAAGAACUUACAAGACAACUUACUACUUUAGCUACUAAGAUUAAAUCACGCUCGCGCAAACUAAAAAGCAGUUUAACAGUUCGCUAUAGCCCCCGUCACUUUUUUGCAAGUAUAAAAGAGUUUAAAGAUUUUAACGAACAGUUUCUUAAUCACGAGAGUGAUAUCAUUAUAGUAUUCUUUACUUAUAAAAAAAAGGCUAAUAUUGCGCUCUUUACGAAGCUUAAAAACGAAAAAGUUAUCAUUACACUCGGCGAGCAAUUCGUAGAAUCACGCCUCUAA